AUGGUGAAGAAACGCAGUGGAACCAGACAGGGGAACAAGCGACCGGACGACGACGAUCUUGUCAACAUCAUCUUCACGUGGAGCCUGGAAGAUGUCAUGAACCAGAACCUCUUCGUCGACGAGGUAAACGUGAUACCUGACAGGUUCGUCGGUCUGAAGAGCUACCUGGAGGCGUUCAGGGCCCCGCUGCUGGAAGAGAUGCGGGCAGAGAUGAGCUCUAACCUGGAGACACUGCCCAACGGCUCGUCGGCCAAGCAUAUACAGUCGCUGGUUGGUGUACCUGCGGGCGUAAGAAAAUGCCCCCUAUACCGCGUCACCAUCUCCGGCUACCGUGGAGCUUGCGCUCCAUGCAUCGGUGACAUCGUCGUGCUCACGAAGACCAUGCCGCGACGGCCGUCCGACCUCGCGAGCAAGGGCGCCGACUCCUACUGCCUCGCACACGUCAAGGAAAUCGUCACCAGACGAAGCUUCAUUAUCAGAGCGUCCAAGAAAAUAGAAGAUGAAAACUCCUAUGCUUUCGCCGCUAGUUUGCUGGCUUUCAUACCCUACGCGCGCAUCUGGCGAUGUCUUGACUAUGACUACGCGCUCAAGAGGAAUCCUCCGCUUGUGAUGGAUGUCGCCGGCGUCGCCGUAAACACUUCGUCGAUGGGAUCGUCUUCUCACCGGGUGAAUGGUGGCACUGACGAGCUAGUCAGCAGGCUACCUGCGUUCGGGCUGAACGAAUCGCAGGCCGGCGCGAUACAGAGCUGCGUCUCGGCGAUGCAGGGCAGCGGCGGGAGCUCCACCAGCCGGUUCAGCCUCAUCUGGGGGCCUCCUGGCACGGGCAAAACCAAGACCAUCAGCGUGCUGCUGCUGCUGCUGAUGACGACGUCGACGAACCGGAGCAGAUACCGCGUACUGACGUGCGCCCCAACGAACACGGCGAUCAGCCAGGUCGCGUCCCGGCUCCUUGCUCUGAGGAAGCAGCAUUCAGCCGCUGUCGGCGGAGGGUGCCACGGCGACCUGCUGCUGUUCGGCAACAAGGAAAAAAUGGGCAUUGACGGUGAUCUGAAGGAGAUCUUCCUGGACAAUCGCGUUAAGAUUCUCAGGAAGUGCCUCUCGCCGGCGACGGGUUGGAAGCAGUGUCUACGCUCACUAGAAGCGUUUCUGUGCUUUCCGUCAGUCCUGAGACUUCAGUACGCCGCAGCCUGCGGUGAGACAGGAUUACAGGAGUCUUCGUUUGUCAGGUCUAAGUUCCAUGACAUCUUCCAGAAGCUUAGCAGAUGUUUCCAUACAAUCAUGGCUCACAUCCCUAAGUCUGUCAUUCUUGAGAAGAAUUACAAGAACAUUGUUUUGCUCACUACAAUACUGGAAAACUUCAGCAAGUUGCUUGGUAAGAGUACUCCAAGGAGUGAAGUGCUUGCUGACAUCUUACUGAGGGAAAAGGACCCUGAUGGUUCGGAUGGUAGAGUGGAAUAUUCAGAGUUGAUUGCAAAUCUUAGGCAAAGCAAGACACAAAUUCUCGGCGUCAUCAGAGCUCUUCUGCUAGGAAUGAAACUUCCUGUGACAAGUUUUCAUCUCAAGAUCAAGAAAUUCUGCCUACAAAGUGCCUCCCUUAUUUUCUGCACCGUGUCCGGCUCUGCUAAGCUGCAUGGGCAGAACAUGGAUUUGCUUCUCAUUGACGAGGCAGCGCAGUUGAAGGAAUGCGAAUCCCUCGUCCCAUUGCAAGUCUCUGGCUUGAAGCAUGCUGUUCUUAUUGGCGACGAGUGCCAACUCCCUGCUACGGUGAAAAGCAAGGCUGCAGACAGUGCCUUACUCGGCAGGAGCCUGUUUGAAAGGUUAACUAUAUUAGGACACCAGAAACACCUUCUGAAUAUGCAGUACAGGAUGCACCCUUCUAUAAGCAUUUUUCCCAAUCUAAGCUUCUACGACCAAAGAAUCUUGGAUGGGCCGAAUGUGAUACAGGUAAGACACGAACGUUCCUUUCUUAAAGGUGCCAUGUUUGGGCCGUACUCGUUUAUCAACAUCGAGAAUGGUAGAGAGGAUCAUCAUGGCCGCAGUAAGAGAAACAUGGCAGAGGUCACUGCCAUAAAGAAGAUACUGUAUGGUCUUUACCAAGCUUGCGUCGGUACAGGGGAAGGGGUUAGCGUUGGCGUCAUAUGCCCGUACGCCGCCCAGGUGGAGGCCAUCCACAGCGUGAUAGGAGAUGCGAGCGCCCGCCGCCCGCUUGACGUGCGAGUCAACUCCGUCGAUGGCUUCCAAGGCAGCGAGGAAGACAUCAUCAUCCUGUCAACCGUCAGGCAUUGCCUCUGGGUCCUGGGCGACGCGGCGACGCUGCUCGGGAGCGGCUCCGUCUGGGGAGAGCUGGUCCGGGACGCCGUGGAUCGCCGCUGUUUCUACGACUGGGACGGCGGUGCGAGUUUGCUCCGCGCUGCUCGGUGGUGCGGACAGGAAUACCAGGUGGCCGGUGGUGCGGCCGAGCCGUCGACAGCUCCGGCGUUCGACACGUCCCUCGGCGUACCGGGGCUGAGCGGCGGCGCCGAUAUCUGUGACGCGCUUGCCUCCCUGCAGCUGGCGUAG